GCGGAAACAAAAUUCAGUAAAUACAAUAUAUUUUUGGGUCAUACAUAUAUACAUGUAUGUUUAUAUUCACUGUAGAGACCAUACAUAACACCUACUUUUAUCUUACGUAUCUUACAGUUACAGUGUGUGUCCAAUACGACCGCGAUGAAACACGGAGUCAAGUUCAGUAGAUUAGGUAGGCCUUCGGGUCACCGUAGAGCGUUGCUUCGCAAUAUGGUCACAUCGCUGGUCAAAUUUGAGCGGAUAGUAACAACUAAAGUGAAGGCACGCGAGCUAGCACGGGCAGCGGAGAAGAUCAUCACCACAGCAAAGAAGACUAACGGCAAUGCGAAUAGGGAAGCGAAUGCCUAUCUUUUGGACAACUAUGCUCUUCCUAAGUUGUUUGAGUUGGCGGCUCGCUACAAGUACCGCGACGGCGGUUAUACACGUAUUCUCCGAUUACCCAACCGUACAUCCGACAACGCACACAUGUCCGUGAUCGAGUACGUGGACAAUCCAUUCCCCCCCCUAAGAGAGCCCAAAGAGACCCGACUAGCCGCUAUCCGAGAGAAAAGUCAGCGUAAACAAAACAAUAUGGACAAGAAGCGUAUGCUGUGGGAAGGUCCUGCGCGUGUGCCCAGAGCAAAGGCCAACUCCAGGGGACCUGUAUACGCCACGGGCGAGGCUGUCAAGAAAAAGCCUUUGAUUAGUAUUGAAGAACUGGGGCUAGACUAGAAUGUGUGUCAGCGAUGGAUGUGACAUGCGGCAUAUUAAAGUCAAGUGGAUAUUGCAUGAUUGUUUGGUUGAAAUAUAUUGAUCAACACUGAAGAUUAACAUUGCCUUGCCG